AUGAUGAAUAAUUUAGAUAUAUAAAAUGAGUAACAGUCUGAAAACAAUGAUGAUGGAGAAUAAGAAGAAGAAUCAGAGUCUCUUCAAAACAGACUACUAUUAAAUAAUAUUCCUACACCAUCUCGAACUGAAUCUAAUUUUUAGACAUCAACUAAUAAAACUAUUGAGAGAAAAUCAAUUUAAUAAGUUAAUCAAUUAUGUAAUCAUAAAUUGUUUAAAUUAGAAUCCAAAAAUUAAGAUGCUCCAAUAAAUGAUCUCGAUUUCAAGAAAUAAACAUAAAUGUCAUAUAAUUCUUCUAAAUCAUCAAAAACGUAGACAUCUAUGAAAAUUAGUUUAUUAUAAGCCUCAUUAAUUGCUAAGGAUUAAUUGAUACUAAACUUAUAAGAAGAAGUUAAAUAAUUAAAAAAACAGUAAAUUGAUAAAGAUCAAUAAAUGAAUGAACUUUCAAGGAACUAUGAAAUCAAACUUUAAUAAAUGUUUUAAAGAGUUACAGAUUUAGAAAAAAUAAUCAAAGAAAAAGAUCAUGAUAUUGAAUAGUUCAAAAAUGGUAAUAAUACCUUAAAUCUACAGGAUUUAUCAGUAAUUACAAAUAAAUAAAAUGAUCCAAAAAAAAUCAAAUCAAAUGAUCUUUAGUAAAAUGAGUUAUAAGGAUAUAGAUAAAAUCCUGAAUUAUAUCUCAAUAGUAAUUUUUGGCUGAUUUCAGCUGAAAAAAAAUUAUAAGGCAAUAAUCCAAUAUGCAAUUACUAGCCAAAAGAUAUAUUUGAUGGAAAAUAAUAAUAAUAACAAAAAGUACUUGAUAAAUCAUAUUGGUCAAAAUAAAAUGUAGAAUCUAAUAGAUAAAUAAAACAUAAUUCUAAUAUGUAAUUACCUAAAUUAGUUGAAAUGAAUUCUUAAAUUAAUCUAUAAUAACCUAAAUAUAAUCAUAAUAAUUUAAGGAGUUCAAGUCUCUAGUAAAAUAAUUAUAAGAGUUAUUCAUCGAUGUCCUAACCUUAUAUUAAUAAGGAUAUUAUACCUUAUGAUCCUGAUGAUUUUAUAGCAGAUUAAGAAAUAAAAUAGAUCUUUACCAUUUAAUCAUCUGUUAGAAAAGAAGCUUUGGACUGGGAUUCAUAACCGUCAAAUAAAUACAUGAUAACAUAUAAUCAUAAUUUAAAUUAAGCUAAGUUAGAUUAUAUUGAUAAAGCGCAAUCAUCAUAGAAUCAUAUUAAUUAACGUAAGUAAAAUUCACAUAAAUUAUCUAAUAAAUGA